CAUACACUGAGCAGAUGAGCCUAGAGCAGCAGCCCCUGAUCAUGUGACUCCUCCUCCAUGUGACUGAUCACAUGACGGUGACAUCAUCGCAGGUCCUGUAAGCACACGGAUCCUCUACAGAUACAGGUUUCUCCAAUCCAGGAUCCCCUGCUGAUAUCUUCUAUAUAAGAGAAUUCUCCUGGAUGACCCAUCAACCAUGGAGAGAGACAGGAACAAGAUGGCCGACAGGAUCCUAAACCUCACCUUACAGAUACUCUUCCGGCUUACUGGAGAGGAUUACACAGUAGUGAAGAAGUCCUCUAGUGGGCGCUGUCGGGCCCCUGUGGGUGAAGAAUGGGGAAGAUCCCUGAGUCCAAUCCCGGGGCCCCCACCUCACUCCCUGAUACAUGAGGAAAUGGGUGAAAUGAAGAUUCUAGAACUUAUCAACAAGAUGAUGGAGCUGCUGACUAGAGAGGUUCCUAUAAGGUGUCAGGACGUGGCGGUCUAUUUCUCCAUGGAGGAGUGGGAGUAUGUAGAAGGACACAAGGAUCAGUACAAGGAUCAGGUCAUGAUGGAGGAUCAGCAGCCCCUCACAUCACCAGUCAGAUCCAGUAAGAGAACAGCACCAGAGAGGUGUCCCCGUCCUCUUCUUCCACAGGAUGAUCAGGGAGAAGAUCCAAACAAUAUUAAUGCUCCAGAGACAGAUGUGAGCGGUGAUGAGCAGUAUAAGGAGGACAUUCCUACAGGGAAAGAUCUGAUCUGUAUUAAAGCUACAGACAUAAAAGAAGAGACAGAUGUGAGCGGUGAUGAGCAGUAUAAGGAGGACAUUCCUACAGCGAAAGAUCUGAUCUAUAUUAAUGCUACAGACAUAAAGGAAGAAGAAGAGACAGAUGUGAGCGGUGAUGAGCAGUAUAAGGAGGACAUUCCUACAGGUAACCGCCCAGAUUCUUGUAGCAGGAGAUCAGAGGAGAAUCUUAUAUCUUCAGAUUAUAAAGCAGAUGAUGAUAUCACACAAGAUACAUAUGAAGAACAUUCCAUUAUCCCAGAUACACCCUCAGCCCUUCACAGCCAAGAUCUGUCAUCUCAUCCUUAUAUACAGGUCCUGUCUUCUCAGUCAUCACAGGAUGUUCAGCAAAAUAAAAGCCACAGAAGGGGUGCUGGACAUCAACAAGCUCAUACAGUAUUUAAACUAUAUUCAUGCUUAGAAUGUGGGAAAUGUUAUAUUUCUAAAUCAGAGUUUGUUGUACAUCAAAGAACUCACACAGGAGAGAAGCCAUUUUUAUGCUCAGAAUGUGGGAAAUGUUUUACUUCUAAAUCAGUUCUUGUUAAACAUAAAAAAACUCACACAGAAGAGAAGCCGUUUUCAUGUUCAGAAUGUGGGAAAUGUUUUACUUUUAAAUCACAUCUUGUUAGACAUCAAAUAACUCACACAGGAGAGAAGCCAUUUUCAUGUGCAGAAUGUGGGAAAUGUUUUACUCUCAAACCAAAUCUUUAUAAACAUCAAAUAACUCACACAGGAGAGAAGCCAUUUUCAUGUUCAGAAUGUGGUAAAUGUUAUACUGAGAAAGCAAAUCUUGUUUACCAUCAAAGAACUCACACAGGGGAGAAGCCAUUCUCAUGUGCAGAGUGUGGAAAAUGUUUUGCUAAGAAAUCAAUUCUUGGUGAACAUAAACGAACUCACACAGGGGAGAAGCCAUUUCCAUGUGCAGAAUGUGGGAAAUGUUUUACUCAGAAAUCAAGUCUUGUUAAACAUAAAAUAACUCACACAUGAGAGAAGUCAAUUCAGAGCAGUAAAUGAUGCAGAUAACACAUCUAUAUAUUCACCAUGUACAUAGGAUAUCUGACAUUUAUACAUAUAUCAUAUACUGCAUCUCCAGACUUGUU